AUGCCGAAGAUGAAGCAUGUGGAUCACAACGUUAGUGCUAACACUCUUAGAAAACCCCUGUUUGUUUGGGUGUGGGGUCAUUUCCACGAAGUUCACAGGCAGGAAAAGAAACCAGUUGGGGAGCAUAGGAGGGCCUCUCCAGUUGUGGAAGUCAAAAUCCCCAGUCCUCACCCUGAUGGGAUGGUGGCUUUCCAUAGUGGUCAGCCUGCUUCCCAAUUACGAUGGAUCUUUCUGCAGGAAGGCUGGAAUUGGCGGAUUUCCAAUUUCUUGCUGCUUCCCUCCUCCCGGCAUGCCUAUGAUGCAAUGUUGGACCUCUUGAGUUUUAUAUCUCCAACAUGGAAAGAGACCUCAGAGGAAGUGACAGAUAUGGAAAUGAAUGCUUACCGUGAGGAGGCUCAGACUAGAACAAAGUCGGAAAAAGGACUGAUUCAAGAUGAAAGAGUUCAUGCAGGGGAAAUACUGAUUCCUGGAAGAACCUCAUGGGCUGACGACAGGGGUUCACUGUGGCAGCACCUAGGUGAGCUGGGAUCUACUGCUGGCUCCAAGCAGGCCAUCGGCGUUGCCAGAGUGUGCGUCAGCUCCUCCACAGUGCACGGGGAACAAGCAGCUUUGGGGAUUGGGGGAAAUCUGAAACACCGACCAAGAGCCCAGCUGGAAAGAAGAGGUCCUGUCUUAGAGAUUACGAAGCAAGAUUUAUUUCAGGAAGCAAAAAAUCUCAUUGCCCAACAUUAUGAGAAAAUAAAUGAGAGCAAAGUUCAAGGUCGUUCUGUAAAUGUUUUCAGAAAUAAACACCAAAAACCCAAAUCUGGCAUAUUCAUACCUUUCGAAAUAAAAAAAAAGGAAACACUUGAUGUGGUCCAAGAACUUCAGAGAAUAUACAAAUGUAUUUGUUUUCCCAAAGAUGUUUCCAAAGGUGGACAUUUUGAGGAGCCCCCACAACAAACUCCUUUCAAGGAGCCACGCAGGUUUAAUGUAAAAGAGAAAUUCAAGGGACCUAGAGAUCUAAUUGCAAAAGAACAAGUUACACUGUGUAAAAUAGUGACUAAUAUUGAAUCAGUGGGUAAAAAAAUGGAGAAAGAAAAGCAGCAGCAGCGGGAGAAACCCAGAGUGUUGGACUCCUCUGCCUUCCCUGUCAGCAGAUUUGGCUUGCCCCUGCAACCCAUGACCUCCCCUUUGGCGGGGCUUCUGAAAGAACAUGACAAAGCAUUCUGCAAUUGGAGAGGAACUGUGUCAAUGAGGUCUUCCCGCGGGACUCAUGACUCCAGUUUGCCUAGUUUCUCUGGAUCCUCAUUUCCGGAAUAUAGUGCCAAAACUUUUAUGAAAAAAGAGCAACUAGCUAUCAAGCCAGAACCAGAGCCCCAACCCAGGGUACAACCCAUUCCUUCUAAAAUUGAUAAACUUGACAAUAAAGUUAAAAGAAUCGGACCACACAUAGAAAUUUUCCAAGUAUUCCAGAAAAGGGACAAACUGAUAAUUACCAAAAAAGUAAUUAGAAUGAUCAUCAUCAUGCAGGCACAUAUCAGAGGGUGGCUUGAACGCAAACGAUAUCAGAGAAUAAUGACCAAGGCUUUGUAUCAUGGGCCAAAUUUGAGAGCGGCUAUAAACAUGUACUGCAGACUAAUCCAUCGCGUUAAGUAUCGACUUGGUCUUUGGAGGACGAGGCAAAUUAUAAACUUUGCCGAGUUAGAGGAAUGGAUGGAUAGAAAAAAGUUCUAUGAAACAAUGUUUGCCAAGAAAGAAGACUGGCAAGGGUUAGAAAGAAGUGAGCUCCUAAAGUACUUCAAUGACUGUGGUCAUUUCCCAACCCAGCAGCAAAUCGAUCAGGUUUGGGACCUGGUCCACAGAGAAGACCGUGAAAAAUAUUCUGAACUCAUCAAGAAGUCCAAUGCAAUUGAAAUGUUAUUUACACUCUAUCCUCCUCAAGGUGCCCAUGUGAAGAAUAAUAUGCGACUUAGGUCAACUUGGCUGAGGCCCAUUGUGAAUGGGGAAGAAGGAUACAAAUACAUAGUGACUGGACAUCCAGUAAUCAAAAGAGCUAACAUCCGGAUUGUUGGGAAGUUAGUGUCCACAUCUAUGAGAGAAAGGAAAAUGAGACAACAUCAUUUCUUUUGA